AUGCCUCCCGUCCGCACCCAUCGCCUAGCACAACUGACAAGCCACCUAACCCGCACAAUGUCCUCAUCAUCCCCGACCGCCCCGGGCCCGGCGCCCUGGCGCGCCCCCUUCCUCAAAAACGUCACGGAAAUGGCCUCGCCCGAGUUCACCCUCGCGACGAUCCACGCCGGCCCGACCCCGACCGCGGGCCAGCAGCCCUCGCUCUCGCCGCGCACCCGCACCGUCAUCUUCCGCGGCCUCUGGGCCUCGCUCCCCGUCAACCCCAAGAACACGGCCGAGCUGAACCCGCAGGUCUACGAGAGCGACAUGCUCACCCUGACGACGGACGCGCGCAUGGCCAAGGUCCCGGACUUCUUCGGCUCCUCGUCCACGACGGCGUCCGACGGGACGACCAGCUCGGGCGGCGGGGCGCCGGUGGAAGCGUGUUUCUGGACGGACGCGAAGGUCCAGUGGCGCGUCCGCGGCGAGGCGUACGUCCUCGGUCCGGAUAUCGAGGGGUCCUCCUCCGCGGCCCUCCGCGAGAAGCUGCUCUCGCGCAUGCGGCGGCUGUCCGAGUCCGAGGCCCAUAAGAGAACGGCCGAGGACCUGCCGUCCGAGGUCAGGGGCCACGUCGUCGCCGCUGACGGCUCGGGAUGGAGGUUCGACCGGGAGGUGACGGCGCACUUUGGCAACCUGAGCCCCGGGAUGCGCGGCACCUUCCGCAAUCCGGAGCCCGGCGCGGCUCGGAAGGCGAACCCGCCGGACGACACUUACAAGCUCGGGCAGAAGGUCGAAGACCUCCACGACAAGGCCGCGAGGGCCAAUUUCCGUGUCGUGGUGAUUGUGCCGACGGAGGUGGACCAGACGGACCUGAGCGACGCGGAGGACCCGCGGCGUUGGCUGUACCGGUUCAUCGGCGCGGCGGCCGACGGGGAGAAGCCGGAGGGCGCUGAGAGGGCCAACGGGUGGGAAAAGAUUGAGACCUGGCCAUGA